UCCCGUCGACGAGUGCAACGAACAUCAUCCGCCAACGACCGUCGAUACGCCGACAUCAAGAUGGUCAACCUUCGCACCCAGAAGCGCCUGGCCGCCUCCGUGGCGGGCUGCGGCAAGCGCAAGAUCUGGCUCGACCCCAAUGAGAUGAACGAGAUCUCCAACGCCAACUCCCGUCAGACCAUCCGCAAGCUCGUCAGCGAUGGCCUCAUCAUCCGCAAGCCCGUGACCAUGCACUCGCGCGCCAGUGCCCGUGAGCUCAACGCCGCCCGCCGCAUCGGCCGUCACCGUGGUCUGGGUAAGCGUAAGGGUACCAAGGAUGCCCGUAUGCCCAGCCAGGUCCUCUGGAUGCGCCGCAUGCGUGUUCUCCGUCGUCUGCUCGUCCGCUACCGCGCCGCUGGCAAGAUCGACAAGCACCUGUACCACGAGCUCUACCACCUGAGCAAGGGUAACACCUUCAAGCACAAGCGCGCUCUCGUCGAGCACAUCCAAAAGGCCAAGGCUGAGCGCCACCGUGAGCGUGUCCUCAAGGAGGAGAUGGACGCCAAGCGUGCCAAGAACAAGGCUCUCCGUGAGCGCCGACAGGAGCGUCUCGACGCCAAGCGUAACGCUCUGGUUGAGGAAUAG